AUGAUAAAUUGCACUCAUCAUUUUAAAAAUCCGAUCACUUUGAUAUGUGUGGCUCCUCACAAGUGCUAAUGCUAAAGGAAACUUUGUGUAAAAUGCCAAUAUGAACAUGGAGUGGAUUUGAAAUAUACCAUUCCAAUUGAAAUAUAUUAAGAAAAGGCUAUCAAUAAAUUAAAAGACUCAAAGCUUAAUGAUAUAUCUGAACUAACUAACUAAAGAAUGGCCUUUAAAGCCUUGCUCACUCAAACCGAAUAAAUGAUGGAAUAAAUGAUGAAGAAAAUUUGGGAAGAAUUGUCACAAUCUAUCAAAUAAGUAGACGAUUUGAUUGAGAAGGAAAACUAAUCAUACUUAAACCUCAUUAACGAAAAUACUAAUCUAGCUGAAUCCUCUUACACAGAUUUAGAAAAAUUAGUAAACGUUGUAGAAGGAUCGACUUUAAAUGAUUGGAAUGCUGAGAAGAAUUCUUAUAUGAAGGAGUUAGAUAAGACCAAGAGCUGGUGGGACCAACAUAUAAAGGCUUUUAUUGAGUAGUCUAACUAAGGAAUCCAAUAGAUCCAAUCAUUAAUUAAGUAAGUAUUAUAUAUACUAUCUCUAGGGAGGAUGAAGAAGAAGUUUAUUAAAUGAAGGAAGAUCUUUAUGAGAUGCUAACCUACAUCCAGGAUAUAGAUGAAUCUCUCUAUUAGAAGAUUCUUGAUAUAGUGAGAAAAGAGAAAGUUACAGACAUUAUUGGAUUCCUGUCGAAGACAAACAAUCAACAGUUUUUUGAAUCUUUAAACUACAAGUAAGAGAAUAUCAUGGUGAUCAAGAAGUAAGUAAAGAAAAUAACAAAUGUCUUGGAGAAUAUUUAUGAUCAUAAAUUUUAUAAAGAUGACUAUUCUCAAGAAACAUUUGAAAAGGAAAGAGCGGAUCUGAUCAAGAGAAUAAAGGAUAACAAAGGGAUAACAUAUUUCAUCAAAUUUUUAGUACGACUAACAAGCAUAGAUGAAAAAUUUAUUCAAUGUGGAUCAAAUGGACUUAGUUUAUUAGUGGCCAUAAAGGUAGAUAUAAGGUACCAAUCCUUUGAGAAUAUCAGAAUUAUAAAUACUUCUUUAAUUGGAGGUAAUUUUGUAAGAUGCAACUUGAGUGAAUCAGAGUUUGAAAAUGUUGAAAUCAGUGGAUUGAAUUUGAAUGGUGCUAAAUUAUUUAAUUGUAAAUGGAAGAACAUAAAAGUCCAUGAAUUGAAUAAGUUGGAUGGUCAUAGUGAUACUGUUUGGUCAGUCUGUUUCUCUCCUGAUGGAUAUACAUUAGCUUCU